AUGCCAAAUACCAGAGGUCCGAAGGAGUUGCGCCGCAGACUCAUCAGUGGUGUAGUGCGUUCGAUAACCACAUACGCAGCAUCAAUCUGGGUAGGUGCAAUCGAAUGCAGGACGUACACGAGGAUAUACAAGCGGUAUACAGGACGUGCGCGCUCAGAAUCACAAGUGCGUUUCGCACUGUGUCGGGUGAAGCCGCCGAAGUACUGGCAGCGGAAGCAGAGCAGCGAACAGGCAGAUUUCCCUAAGCGAGUGGCAGCGCAGGUGGAGUUCAUCCAACAAAGGCGCAUGGACGCGUACCCUCAUCCCGGAGUGAGUGAAUGGGUAAAUAGGAAACACGGACAGGUGAACUACUACCUGACGCAACUUUUGAGCGGACACGGCUGUUUUAAAGACUACCUCUUCCGUUUUGGGCAUGAGGCAGACCCACUCUGUCCCAGAUGCGGGAUAGGAUACCCGGAAGACGCCGAGCACGUGUUUUUAACCGUCCGAGAUCCAGAAGAGAACGAGAAAGAGUGGAACGGAAGUAUGGGGGAACCGGUGACGCCAUCGAAUCUUGUAUACCACAUGCUGGCAAACAUGGACAACUGGGAGGCUGCAGAUGAAAUGGCGAACGCAGUCAUGAAGGAGCUACGGCGGGAAGAAAGAUCCCGGAGAACGGAAGACGGCCGAUAA